GCUGCUGUCAAUCAAGACGAGUAUCUACCGUAUGAAAGUCUUCCUGAUCUGUUAGAGGAUUUGCCGGUUCAAAUUAACGUUGAGAACAGAGAGACAGAAAGUUCUAUAUCGCAAGAAAUAUCUAAUGAAGGCGAGCAUGACUAUUGCCUGAAGUCAAGCGAUAUUCGUAUAAUGAGUGAGAAUCUAUCGUCAAUAGUUAUCUCUGAAACCGCAAAGGACAUUGACUCGCCCAAUACAGCAGUUUCGGACAAAGUAAUUACUCCUGAAGAGACUGUGUCUGUCAACAUAUCUACAACACCAGUUGAGAAUACCCAAAAAGGCGAACAAUGGCAAACG